AUGGAUGGGGUGCUUGUAAUCAACGAAAUAAUAGACAUGACUAGAAGAGAAAAUAGAGGAUGUAUGAUCUUAAAAGUGGAUUUUGAAAAAUAUUAUGACUCCAUAAGUUGGAACUUUAUGAGAUAUGUUAUGAAGAACAUGGGCUUUGGGGAAAAAUGGAAAAAAUGGUUGGAAGCAAGUGUUUUCAGCAGCACCAUGUCUAUAAUUGUAAAUGGUAGCAUUAUAAAAGACUUCAAAGUUGAGCGAGGAUUACGAAAAGGGGACCCUCUAUCUCCUUUCAUAUUUGUGCUGGCUACAGAAGUAUUAACAAGACUCACAUAUAAAGCUCUGGAGAUAGGUGAAUUUCACGGUUUCCGCUUUAAUGCCUACGAGGAGGUGAGUAUUAUGCAGCAUGCAGACGAUACAAUACUAGCGGCAGAUGGAAAUAGUGACAAUUUGUGGAGUAUGAAAACUAUCCUUCGCGGCUUUGAAGUAGUAUCCGGUCUCAAAGUGAACUUUCACAAAAGCAAGCUCUACGAAAUUGGCGUGGGAGAUUGGUUGAUGUAA